ACAACUCAGACUCUGCCCCUAUACUGUUUGUUUCCAGCAUGCGAUGACUUGUGCCCUACCCAUCUCUCGUCUACUGUCCAUUUGAAUCAAACACCCACCGCCUCUUGCGCCGCUGUAGUUGCAUCGGAGGUGUCGCGAGCUCCGCAACCCACUAUUAUCAUUCCCGCCAUGGCUGCGGCAACGCCAUCAGAAGGCAACGGCCAGACCGCAACGGGCGACCAUGAACUGGAAAACAUGACGGACAAGAAGCCGACGCUGCCGGUGGAGGAGGACCUGAUGCAGUUGGCGCGCCUGGGCGAAAUCGGGGCCAUCCAGAAGCUUUUCGACAGCGGCAAGUAUGAUGCGACAUACAAGGACGAGCAGGGCAUAACACCGCUUCAUUGGGCCGCCAUUAACAACCACUACGCCCUCUGCCACUACCUCAUCCAGGCCGGCGCACCCAUCAACGCAAAGGGCGGCGACGCCGUCGCAACGCCUGUCCUAUGGGCGGCCAAGCGCUGCAACUACUACGUCGUCAACCUCCUCCUCGAUCACGGCGCCGACCCGCUCCUCACCGAUGACCAAGGCUUCAACCUCUUGCACAGCGCGACCCUCGAUGGCAACGUCUAUCAGAUUGUCCUGCUUCUCCACCAAGACAUACCCGUUGAUAUACCGGACUCACAGAGUCAUACACCUCUCAUGUGGGCUGCAUACAAAGGCUAUCCGUCUUGCGUCGAUCUCUUUCUCCGAUGGGGCGCAAACGUAUAUGCGACAGACGACCAGGGCUUCACAGCGUUGCACUGGGCCCUCGUAAAGGGCAGCCAAGGAUCGAUCCAGAAACUGCUCGAGUACGGAGCAGACCGGUUUGCUAAGAACAACGAUGGGAAGACGCCAGCGGUGACGGCACAGGAAAUGAGCACAACUCGUCAAUGGCACCGUGCCCUUUCAGAGGCUGGCUUCGACCGCAAUGGGAAUCCUCGGCAAUUUCCUGUGCCUGGGGUAAAAGAUUCAAGGUGGUUUUUAAAUCGCUUCAUCUUCUUCUGGCCAUCUGUCAUACUCUUUGUGGCAUUGUUCUUGGUCAGCCACUACCCUGCCUUUAUUGGCAUCCCGCUAGCAUUGAUUGGUUCAUACGGUAUGCAAUGGGGCGCGCAGAAGCUAUUGAAAUGGGCACCCUCGAAUAUGAGAAGCAUACCUCAUACUCCCUUUUUGGCCGGUAUUUUUGCUGGCACGUUAUUCUGGGUCGGGUUUCGUUGGAUUACGACAGUUCUCCCAUGGACAAUACGAACCAACUUUUUCCUCAACUUGUUGUUUGCGACCUUUUACAGUCUCACGGCGUAUUUUUACAUCUUCACCAUGACUAGUGAUCCUGGCUUUGUGCCCAAGUCGGCGAGCAGGAGUGCUUCCAAGGCCGUUAUUGAUGAGCUUAUGGAGCUUCGACAAUUUGAUGAGCGCCAUUUCUGCGUGAACUGUAUGGUGCGAAAGCCUUUGCGCAGUAAGCAUUGCAAGCGAUGCGAGCGCUGUGUUGCAAAGAGUGAUCACCACUGUCCAUGGGUGAACAAUUGUGUCGCGAACAACAACCAUCGGCACUUUGUCCUAUAUAUUCUGUCACUGGAAACGGGCAUUGUUCUUUUCAUCAGAUUAGUGCUUGCUUACUUGGAGAUUCGCGAGGCACCCAAAGGCUAUGCAGAAUGCGCCAUCAUCUCGCCAGAAUUAUGCAAGGUUUUGAACAAGGACCCAUUCACAAUUGUGCUCUCGAUAUGGGCGGCUUUCCAGUUGACAUGGGUCACCAUGCUGCUGUGUGUCCAGCUUCUCCAGAUUGCGCGCAAUCUUACCACGUACGAAAGCAUGCGUGGACACCUGCAUAGCCACACGACUGCCGAUGCUAUCAACUCGUUUGUGACGACUGGCGAUACUAGUCAAGAGGUAUCCGGUGGUGGCAACGCACCAACAAACGGCUUUGGGUCUGGCCAAGACACUGGCGAUGUACCGCGCCGUCCCGAGCCUAAAGCGUCUAUUGUGGAUCAAUGGAAGCGUCUCCUUGGCAUUGACACUUUUGUCACGAUUGCGCUGCACGGGAGUCAGGGCGAGCAAGUACGCCGGCGACGACAAGGCAAUCCUUUUUCAAGGGGCAUUGCUACAAACUGCAAGGAUUUCUGGUGCGAUGCGAGCCCACUGUUUGGUUCCAAAGAGAGCGGGUACGCGAGGUUGGGUGGCGAGAGGGUGGAUUACACAAGGCUAUAUGAAGUGCCCAAGAUGAAGUACCAACGCAGCGGCGGAGGAGAUGCGGGCAGGUACGAGAGUGUGGCAGAGGAGGAAGAAGCAUGAUAUGUAUGUUUGACGAAGCUGUGAUGUUAACGACUACACAUAGAAGUGCGUGAGAGAGAGAGAAAGAGAGAAAGUGAGAUGCAACGUCUAGCGCAUGUCUACUACUCGUAGUUCUUACACAAGCUUGUUCUU